AUCAGAACCCAACACCGCAACCAAUAAGAACAACCUUUGUCAGAAAAUGAUUGAGCUGAUAAUGUUGUACGUAGUUACACUAUAGUUAAAACAACUUUUGUCAGAAAAUGAUUGAAGCAAAAAUGGUGUACUAAUUAAUAAUAUAUUUUUGGUGAAGAUUUCUUGUUUUCUUGAAGAGGUGAUAGAAUGAGUAAUAAAGAAGAGAUUGAAGAGAGCAGUGUGACAGAGGGAUUAUUGAGGAGAAAUGGUAGUACUGGAGGAAGUACUGGAUCAUUGAGGUGGGUUGAUGGUAAUGAAUUAGUUGAUCAAGAAGUGGUGAUUGAUAAUAAUGAGGGGAUUAGAGAAAGUAAUUAUGGAUCUGUUAGGAGAAGGCUUAAGAAACCAAAAAGAGUGGAUUCUUUAGAUGUUGAAUCUAUGCAGAUUAAAGGAGCUCAUGGCAGCCAACACAAACAGGAUGUGCCUCUUUUGGCUACUCUUGCUCUAGCAUUUCAAACACUUGGUGUGGUAUAUGGUGACAUGGGCACAAGCCCUUUAUAUGUUUUCUCAGAUGUAUUCAGCAAAGUCCACAUCACUUCAGAAGUGGAUGUCUUAGGGGCAUUGUCAAUUGUGUUUUACACAAUUGCUCUUAUUCCUCUAAUGAAGUAUGUAUUCAUAGUGCUUAAGGCCAAUGACAAUGGAGAAGGAGGAACAUUUGCACUGUAUUCAUUGAUCUGCAGAUAUGCAAAUGUCAAUCUUCUUCCGAAUCGUACGCCUGCUGAUGAAUGCAUCUCAAGUUUUAAGCUCAAAUUGCCCACUCCUGAGCUAGAAAGGGCUGUGUACAUAAAGGAGAUAUUGGAACGAAAAUCGUUGCUGAAAACGCUUCUCUUGUUGUUGGUUUUGAUGGGAACGUCAAUGAUAAUAGGGGAUGGUAUCUUGACUCCAGCAAUAUCAGUUAUGUCUGCUGUUAGUGGACUGGAGGGUAGGGUACCAGGAUUUAAUGCAGAUGCUCUUGUCAUAAUUUCAAUUAUCAUCCUUGGCGCAUUAUUCAGCAUACAGAGAUUUGGGUCAAGUAAAGUUGGUUUCACUUUUGCUCCCGCCCUUGCAUUGUGGUUCUUCAGUCUGGGGUCUAUAGGAAUUUACAAUCUGCUGAAGUAUGACGUAACAGUUAUAAGGGCUGUAAAUCCAGCUUAUAUCUAUCUAUUCUUCAAGAAGAACUCGAGCAAAGGAUGGUCCGCUCUUGGUGGCUGUGUAUUAUGCAUCACAGGAGCAGAAGCGAUGUUUGCGGAUUUAGGUCAUUUUACUGUGAAGUCUAUACAGAUUGCCUUCACAAGCGUGGUUUUCCCCUGCCUUCUGUUGGCCUACUUAGGCCAAGCUGCUUUUCUUAUGCAACAUCCUCAGUCAGCUGGCAGAAUAUUUUACGAUUCAGUCCCAAAUAGUCUCUUCUGGCCAGUUUUCGGGAUAGCAACUGUAGCUGCUAUAAUUGCAAGCCAGGCCAUGAUAUCUGCUUCAUUUUCAUGUGUUAAGCAAGCCAUGGCUCUCGGAUGCUUCCCUAGGGUGAAGAUUAUUCACACCUCAAAAGAGCACAUGGGUCAAAUCUAUAUUCCUGUCAUUAAUUGGUUUCUGAUGAUAAUGUGCAUGCUCGUGGUUGCUGCGUUUAGGAGUACAACAAGUAUAGCUAACGCAUACGGCAUAGCAGAAGUCGGUGUCAUGAUCGUUACCACCACUUUGGUUACAAUUGUAAUGCUACUAAUAUGGCAAACAAAUUUGCUUCUGGCUUUGUGGUUUCCAUUGGUAUUUGGCACAAUGGAGCUCAUUUAUAUGUCUGCUGUUUUAUCAAAGAUCUUGGAAGGUGGUUGGCUUCCUCUUGUUUUCGCCUCUCUCUUCCUCUGUGUGAUGUAUAUCUGGAACUAUGGAAGUGUGUUAAAAUAUCAGAGCGAAGUUAAGCAGAAAAUUUCGAUGGAUUUUAUGGACGAGCUUGGAUGUUCGUUGGGGACAGUACGAGUACCAGGAAUAGGUUUACUAUAUAAUGAGCUGGUUCAAGGCAUUCCAUCGAUUUUAAGUCAGUUUCUAUUGGACCUUCCGGCUAUUCAUUCUGUAAUAGUCUUUGUGUGCAUCAAAUAUGUGCCAGUUCCUGUUGUCCCUCAAGAAGAACGGUUCUUAUUUCGAAGGAUUUGUCCUAAGGACUAUCAUAUGUUUCGUUGUGUAGCUCGAUAUGGCUAUAAAGAUGUUAGAAAAGAAGAUCAUCACUCAUUCGAACAACUUUUGGUUGAUAGCCUUGAGAAGUUCUUGAGAAAGGAAGCACUUGAUCUUGCUUUAGAAAACAAACUGUCUCAACCUGAGCUUGACAGCAAUUCUGUGAUGAGGCCAAGGGACAACGCUGAAGUUGACGUGGACGAGCUUAAGGUGCCACUAAUGCGCGAUCAAAGAUUAGAGAUCGGGACAUCUACCUCAGAACCAUCAAUAACAGCAUCAGUAGAUGAAGAUCCUGGUUUAGAAUACGAGCUCUCAGCCCUUCGCGAAGCCAUUGAAUCAGGAUUUACAUAUCUGCUAGGACACGGGGACGUGAGGGCGAAGAAAAACUCGUGGUUCAUCAAGAAACUAACCAUAAAUUACUUGUAUGCAUUCCUUAGGAGGAACUGUAGAGGAGGGGUUGCAACAAUGAGGGUACCUCACAUGAACAUCAUCCAAGUUGGAAUGACAUACAUGGUUUAAGCUCUUGUUGCAGCCUUAAUAUUCUGAAAUACAAACAUAUAGUAAUGUUAUUCUCCUUGUAGUAUUGCAGUUACAACCUUGAAUAUGGGUUCAGACCUUUGUAAGUGCCUAAUGGACUUGAGUUUUGAAUAUGAUGCGGUGAAAUUCAAAAAUAGCCAGAUUUACAAGUGGUAA